UGCACAAACAUUUCUGCCCUUGCAAACUGAUAUUUCGUGAAGGUUUUGCGUAAUAACUUCACAAAUGAUCCAAACCUGCACCCGUUUUGCGUGGAUCUUGCUCAUUAGUAGGUUAAUUAUUCAUUCGCCCGCUUACGCAUACGUAAACGUAUUUUUUUGUUUGUUUGCAACGGAUUCUUCCAGAGUCAGAAAAUUUGGAAUAAUUUUUAGUUGUGGAGCUUCUCGUUCGCGGUCCGUGAGCCAAAUCUUGUGGUUACACAAUAAACAGAGCUGCUAUUGGUUUCACUUUGUUUCAGUACAUGAGCCACGCGUGGUAAACAAAACUUUUCUAGAGGUUUCCGCAUGUGAAAAGGCCACUGUGGCACCAUCUGCUGUUGGAAAAGAUGCUCUGGUGAUGUUUUUUCUUGGCAGCUCUCAAAGGCCUCCAUGUGUUUGCAAUGGAGGACUCCAUUGAGGUGAUUCUGCAGGACCAAGGCAGAGUCCUCCCUACCAGCAGAUCCCAUCCAGUCCUCUCGGCCUCCUUAGGCGCUCUGAUCACAUGCCUGUAUGGAGUAUGGAGCCUGUUUACUAUGCCCGGCUUUCGCAAAAUCCCUUGGAGACUGCAGGUUCCUUAUUUGCCCUCCAGUAAAGAUCAAACACUGAAUAUUAUGAAGCUGCUUGAGGGACGAACGGGUCGCUUAGUAGAUCUGGGAUCAGGAGAUGGAAGAGUGGUGUUUGCAGCAUCUUCUGCUGGUUUCCAGUGCACAGGCUUUGAAAUUAACUCCAUUUUAGUGGCCUAUGCCAGGAGCAAAGCCCACUGGAAAGGAGUGCCCUCCAGGCAGGUGACCUUUGUUAACAAAGACUUCUGGAGGACUGAUUUAUCUGCUUAUAAUAAUGUGACAGCUUUCCUUGCACCAGGAGUGAUGCCCGUGCUGGGUGAGAAGCUUUUGAAAGAGCUUCCUGAUGAUGCUCGUGUCAUCACAUGUCGUUUCCCUUUCCCCAACUGGCCGCAGCAGUCCUCUGUUGGCUCCGGUCUCGAUCAGGCAUUUGCUUAUGACAUUAGAAGCGUGCGCUCACACCUAAGAAAAGUAACGGACACACUGGUGUAAUUAAGUGACAGUCACAGGGUUAUUUCGUUAUUUCCCGGCACUAUUCUCCGCAGCACUAAACCCUCCCUGUGUUCCUUUUGAAAGAUGUCUUUGAGCAUUGAUGGGAUGACAUGGACUCUGACUGAAAAAGAUGUCACGAUAAAUUUGACAUCACGUAGCUCCUGCAGUUUUUGUCCAGUCUUUUCACUACCAGAACACCCUGAACCUUUGCCAUAUUGAAGUCAGUCUUGUGCUCCUAUCUUGACUAUUACUGUUGAUUCCGCUCUCAAUUUGCGACUACACUACAAAUAAUCUUACUUUCACAUCAACCUGAAGCCUCUUUAGCAGCAUGCUACAGAAGAGAUUGUGAGGUCAGUGUUUUGAAUCUUAUUCAGUUGUUCUGUCAUGCCUUCUUUUGUGGGGUUGUAGUUAUAAUUAUUCAUUCUGUUGGUCUCCCAGUCAUGCUGUGCACAACCACCUCACAGGUGGUCUGUAAUAAUUAUAUGUGCCACCUGACCUCUGAGUGACAUAUGUGGAGUAUGUAACCAGGUAGACUAAUAGGCACUUUAGUCUUAGUCUGAGAACCAUGGUUAUAUAUAAAGCUCUGUUUCUGUCUGUUUGCAGUAAAUCUAAAGAAAGUAUAUCAAUAAAUUUGCUGGACAUUAGGCCAUUUGCCAAUAAGUAA